AUGAGUACUGAGAGUCUAAAGCAGUCUAUCGGCGAAUUUCUGAACGAUUUAACGCAGGACAAGCUUGAUCUUUCCGAAUGUAUGUAUGAUACAGUGAAGCCGGGUGCCAUGGCUGAGAAAUUGAAACGUGCUGCUCCAUACAACAAUCUCACCGCGAUCAGAGACUCGAAACCUACACACGAUGAGCCGUUAAGCAUAACUAUGCAAGAGAUAUUCGAUGAAAGUCUGGGUGAGAUCGAGACCAGUGUUCAAAUUAAUUUUCUAAUUGAAAUCGAUUGGCUAUUGACUUUCUAUCAUAAAGCGGGCAUACUAGACAAACCAUUGCUUGUGUUGUAUGGCGAUGCAGAUCCGGAUUUGGAUGAGAUUAACAAAGUUAAGUCAAAUGUUAAUGCAAUUCGCAUUAAAAUGCCACCAGAAUAUGCAGUAUCACAUUCAAAAAUAAUGCUGCUUGGCUAUGCGGAUGGAACAAUGCGUAUUGUCAUCUGCACGGCGAAUUUAACUAUGUUCGAUUGGCACAAUUGCACUCAGAGCUUGUGGAUGAGUCCCUUGCUGCCCGCGUUGACAGAGGAUGCAGAGCCAACAGCUGGUGAGAGUCCUACGGGUUUUAAGGCCGAUUUACUGCGAUAUCUGGUGGUGUAUCAAGUGGAACAACUGGAGCCAUGGCUAGAACGCAUACGCAAAACGGAUUUCAGUGCGAUUAACGUAUUUCUGAUUACCUCAGUGCCUGGAGCACAUGUGCAGCCCGCGCCCUGGGGCUGCACGGCCAUUGGAGCCGUGCUGGAGCAGCAUAUGGUGCCCAUUGAUGAUAGCAUUCCUAUUGUUUGUCAGAGCUGUAGCAUUGGUAGCUUGGGAUUCACGCCAAUGGGUUGGGUGCAGCGUGAUUUGUUACGCCAUAUGCGCAGGAAUCGAUCACAAGUGAAUCGCUUGCGUGGCUUCAUGCCCUUCAAGAUGAUACAUCCCAGCAAGCGAAAUGCUUUGGCAAGUCAUGAUGGUGGUAUUAGUCCAUAUAAACAGGAACUUCACGAUCGGCAGUCGUGGCUCACGGCGCAUCUGCAGCAAUGGAAGUCGGACCAACGGCAUCGUUCUCAGGCGAUGCCUCACAACAAAUGCUAUGCGAGAUUCAACGAGCAGGAGCAAAGUCUCUAUUGGUUUCUUCUGACAUCGGCGAAUAUCUCAAAAGCCGCUUGGGGAUAUACGGAUAGAUAUUCGCUGCUGACCAUUGCCAACUAUGAGGCGGGAGUUUUGUUCCUGCCAAAAUUUGUGAUAGGCGAAGAAACAUUUCCGUUGUGUAGUUCGCGAAAUGGUGUUCCACCAUUUUCCUUGCCUUACGAUGUGCCACUAACACCAUAUGCAGCGGAUGAUGUGCCCUCUGUAGGUCAGGCUUGA